AUGGAAGACAUCGAUUUACUUUAUAAAUUAAGGUAUUUUCUUGGUGAUCUUAUUGAAAAUCUUGCUCGAGAACAUCAAGAAAUUGUCCAAUCUGGUACAACAUAUUUUAUUCUUUAUCGAAAAAUGAUAUUAUCAAAAAAUGAAUUUAAUAAAUUAAAACACAACAAACAUAAACUUAUUUCAAUAAAAGAAUUUUUCACAGCUAGUCGUUCUCCUUUAGUAGCAUUACCUUUGACUACACAAUCUGAAAAACGAAAUAAUCUUAUUAGUGUUGUUUUUCAAAUUGAAUGCAAUCUACAAGAGAUUGGUGAUCAUUUUAGUUUUGCUAAUAUUACUCAAUUUAAUCAAUGUUUACAUCAAGAAGAAAUUCUCUUUGAUUUAAAUGCUACGUUUCAUUUAGAAAAUAUUCAGGAAGAGAAACAAAUCGCGAUCAUUAAAAUGACUGCAGUCAAUGAUGCACGAGCUAUCAUACAAAAAUAUAUUGAUGAUACUCAUCGACAAAUAGAAGAUUUAAGUAUUUCAAUUAUUUUCGGCAAAUUAAUAUGUGACAUGAGUCAAUGGAAUCAAUCACGAUUAUAUUUUCAACACCUGUUGAAUGAUUCACAUGAAGAAGAUUUAGCACUAAUAGAACAUCAUAUUGGUCAAGCUCAUUAUUGGAAAGGAGAAUGGAAUGAAGCACGAAAAUAUUAUCAAUGUGCACUUAAUCGAAUGACACAAGUUGAGCCAGCAUCUAUAAAAUAUUCUGCUUUUGUACUUUCAGAUAUUGGUGAAAUAUUAUAUCGACAGGGAAAAUAUGAAGAAGCCGAAGAAUUUCAUCAACAAGCAUUAGCAAUACGAAAGAAAUAUUACUCUUCUGAGCACGUUAAUAUUGCCUCUUCUUUAGAAAACAUUGGUCUUAUUCAAAAACAACGACAAAAAUACCAUGAAGCACUCAUCUUUCUUCAACGAGCACUGACCAUUCGAGAAAAAUAUGAUGACUGUUUUCAUGUCGCUAUUGCUACUAAUCUAUGUAACAUUGGUUCUAUUCUAACUGAACAAGGAAAGUAUGAUGAAGCUUUUGAUUAUCAUCAACGAGCAAUGUCAAUCUAUAAAAAGAAUUAUCCAUUGGAUCAUGUAUACAUCGCUACAACUCUUAAUCAUAUGGGUGCUAUUCUUAGCCAACAGGAAAGGUAUGAUGAAGCUCUUGAUACUGUGCAACAAGCAUGGUCAUUACAAAAAAAUUUUUAUCCAUUCGGUCAUAUCGAUAUAGUGAUAAGUUUGAACAACUUAGGGGACAUUAAAUUUGCACAAGAAAAGUAUGACGAAGCUCUAGAUCUCUAUCAACAACAUUUAUUAAUACAAAUGAAAUAUUAUUCAUUUGAUCACAUGAAUAUUGUUCAUACAUUAUAUAGAAUUGGCUUCGCAUUUGGAAAAGAAAAAAAGAACUAUGAUCAAGCUUUAGAGUUUCAUCAACAAGCUCUUUCAAUUCUAAAAACCUAUUAUCCAACUUAUUAUGGUCAUAUAUCUUGUAGUUUCUUAUGUAUUGGCCAUGAUCUUUGUGAGCAAAAGAAGUAUUGUGAAGCUCUUGAUUCCUA